CCUCCCCGCCCGGGCCGGGCAGCCGUGGCUCGCCGGCGCGGCUGUCCGCCGGAACUCCCUCCCCGGGCCGGGGUUGUCACCGGUAAUAGGGUCCCCCAGCGGAGCGCGGCCCGGACGCCGGCGGGGUGACACCGGCCGCCGUCUCCGCCGUUCCUUCCCCGGGGUGGGGGGGGGCUGCUCGGCGUGCGGGAGAUGAGAGCUCGGCCCGGCCGGGAGGCGGUCGGCGGCUGCGGCGGCGAGAUGGCGGCUCCGGCCGCCGAGCGGGAGCGGCAGGAGCGGCUGCGGGAGGCGGCGGCGCUGGGGGACGCGGAGGAGGUGCGGCGGCUGGUGGAGCUGGGGGUCGGCCUCAACUCCCAGAACGAAGUCAACGGCUGGACUUGUUUGCACUGGGCAUGUAAACGGAACCAUGCUCCAGUGGUGGCUUACCUGCUGCACGCCGGUGCUGACAAGGAGAUCCUUACGAAGAAAGGAGAAAGGCCGGCCCAAUUAACGUCAAAGAGAGAGAUAAGGAAGAUGUUGGGAGUGGAAGAUGAUGAACUCCCAGACUUAAAGAAAGAUUCAGAUCUGCCAAUCAUCCCUAAUUAUCUGGCUAACCCACCCUUCCCUUAUGUUUAUAACACCAUGAGUAAGAGUAUUCCAGAUCCCUCCAUGAAUGGGAGUAUCUCACACUUAGAAUCACAAGAUACCGACUCUUCUUCCUUACCUGAUGUGGAGACUUACACAUGUGCACCAUUACAGCAUGGGAAUGCUGCUCCCAAGGCGGCCGAUAACAGAGGCAUGCCGUCACUGCCCAGAGGGUGUACUGUACCACCACACUCAAAAACUGUCCUUCAGAGAAGCCCAGUUUACCAGGGAUCUGUGUCUUGGAGCAGAAGUCCCCCUUCGCCAGCUGGAUCAAAUCAGUCCAUACCUCAGCAAGAGAACGGCUCCUGUAUGGGGCCUGUGCCAGCAUUUCAGCCUGUUUUCUUCACAGGAGCUUUUCCACUUAAUAUGCAAGAACUGGUGCUUAAAGUUAGAAUACAAAACCCUAAUCUUAGAGAAAAUGACUUCAUUGAAAUUGAACUGGACAGACAAGAACUCACCUAUAAGGAACUGCUCCGAGUGAGUUGCCGUGAGCUGGGUGUUAACCCUGAGCAUGUACAGAAGAUCAGAAAAUUACCAAAUACAAUGUUAAGAAAGGACAAAGAUGUUGCAAGGCUACAGGAUUUCCAAGAACUGGAGCUUGUGCUAACAGUAAGCGACAAAAAGUUACUUUUCAGAGUCCCAACACUUUCUGAACGGAGUGGUUAUAACAAGAAGGCAUCAGAACUUACGUAUUAAUUGUUUAAAGAAUAAAACAAAAGAUUUGUAUCUCUCAUUUUAAAAUUACGUUUGAAAUACAGUAUCUAUAAGGGCUAAUGAUGUGAAAAAAAUCUAUUUUGUUAACCUUGAAAUAAACUGAAGUUGUUAUGCAUAGUUACAACCUCUAGUUAAUCUAAGAGUAAUGAGUGUAAUAUGAAAAUAGUUUAAUGCAAAGGUAGUAUCAGUAGAACUAUCUGUUAAUGCAACUUUUCUUUACAAAAAGAUAAUCUUGAAAUAUUGCAGAGUUAGCAGCUCUCAGGGAAAGGCUUACCUUAAACUGUUCUGAUAAUUUGUUUGCUAUAAAAUAGCAGAGGUACUCAAGCUAAAGAACCUGCCAUGAAACCCAUUUAAUAUUUGUACUGAGUCCAUUACCAUUAACAUUCACUUUUUAGAUCAUGUAUUUUAAGUCAUAUCUUAUUUAGAAGGCAAAAACCAGAAGGGUUUAUAUCUGUGGAAGAAGCACAAAACUAUGUGUAGUUUAAAUACUGUAUCAUCAAGUGACUUAUUACCUGUGAUUUCUUAAUCCCUGUUUACACUUUUCCCUAUUUCUCAGGUUGCAAACAAAAAGUGAUAGUAAUUAUCCAAAUCAUAAAUAUGCUCUCAACCAAAAUUCCUUUUAUUGUUGUCUGUCAAUAUAUAGUAUUGACGUGCAAUUUAAAAUACUAUUUUUGUUACUGUAUUGAAAACACAUUUCUCCAAUGCUGCUUUAAUUUCCCCUUUUAAAAGCACAAAAAUUGUAAUUUUAUUUUCCAUUUGCCUCUACAUUCCUGAGAAAGAUUGCAUCUGGAAACUUUAAAGUUGCCUGUGUAAAAAGAAACUAGUGAAAUGCUCAGGGUUUUCUGGGCUGAUACUAAAUCUUGAUGUUCCUAUGCAAUGUAUUUUCUUUUUUUCCCAAUGACUUGUGUUUACCCCUGUUGUUUACUGAAAAAAAAAAAAAAAUCACUUUUCCUGUUACUUAAAAUUCAGAAUUAGACUACUUUGCUAUGAAAUUGUGGAAUGAGUAAAUUGAAAAGUAUUUCAGAGCUGGAUUUUAUCUAAUUUUUUAGGAUUUUUAGUAUUUACUCAAUCAUUUACAUUUGAGGAAGAGUUCUGUUCUGGUAGCCUAACUGUAAAAGCAUGUACUGUGAAUUAGAUGAAUGAGCUAACGUAUGAGAUGUAACAGGCAAACAGAACAUACCAGACUGGACUAAACUUCCCUCUGUUUCUUCGUCUUCCCGCUCCCUUCGCCCCAGUUUCUCUGGAAACUACAGCAACCAAAGGAUUCUAUUGUCUUGUUGUCUAAGAAUUUACAGCCCAAGUUAGCUGUACAAUGUACGUGGACCCGUAAAUGUGAUUUAUAGAAGUAGCAUGCUGAGCAGGGAGCCACCCAAACUAGCUGGAGGAAAUGCUGAGGCACAAACUGCAUCUGAAACUCUUAUGGCUCCAGAUUCUCUGACUGGAGUGAGGUACCCACCACAGCCUCGUCUCCUUUCUUGGAGGCUGUGGCAGGUAAAGAAGUUCGUUCUUCCCCUGCAGUCAGAGCAGUCACCUAUAUUAAAGCUAAUACAGUAGGAACUGGUACCCAAAUUUACCCGUGCUCUCUCUUUCUCAUCCAGUGAAUAGUACUUUGUGCAAAGGGAAGCAGCUUCAGCAGGAGUGACUGAGCACACGAGAGGGAGCCCUCUCCCAAUCUGCCUUGUAGUCGGAUGUUCAGUGUUCACCUGGAAGCACAGAUCCAUGCAAACACCCAAAUUUCCUGUGUGCCAAUUAACUAGACUGAAGCUCAGUCUCCUAAGGCUGAUAGUAGAACAUUUUGUCACAACAAAAUAUCCUCGUCUGAAAAGCGUUGGAGGUCAAAUGUGGUCUGAGUCGUUGGUGGUAUCUGGUUUUUAUACCCAAUUGCUGGCGGUGUAUUAACUACUGUAUAAUGGAAUAAUAAAAUUGUCGUUCCUCGUA